GAGAACGCGCUGAUUCGGGAGCAGCACGGCGUGGAGAAGUUCGAGUUUCUGGCGGAGACGCCGCGGCUGAGCUUCGCGGAGGGCGUGCAGCUGCUGCGGGAAGCUGGGAUCGGGUUGGACACGAUCCCAGAAAGCCUCGACAACUUCGACCUCCCCACAGACCUCGAAAAAGCUCUUGGCAAACUUGUGAAGCAAAAGUUCAAAACAGAUUUUUUCUUUCUCCUCAAGUACCCCGCCAGCGUCCGCCCCUUCUACUCCAUGCCCUGUCCCGAAGACCCGCGCUUUUCGAACACGUUUGACGUGUUCAUGCGGGGCGAAGAGGUGGCCUCGGGGGCCCAAAGAAUCCACGAGGGGCCCCUGCUGCGCAGCCGCUGCGAGGCCCUGGGGCUGCAGCAGCAGCAGCAGCAGCUAAAGUUUUACCUGGAGGCCCUCGAGCUGGGGGCCCCCCCCCACGCUGGCAUGGGGGCGGGACUCGAACGCAUUGUCAUGCUUUACUACGGUCUCGGCAACAUUCGCCGUGUGUCUCUUUUCCCUAGAGACCCCAAGAGGCUGAGCCCCUGA